UGCAGUGACUGUGGGAUGAGCUUCAGACAGAGCUCAUCCUUCAACAGACACCUCCAGACCCACAGUGUCGAGAGGCCCUACAUUUGCAGCGACUGUGGGAAGAGCUUCAAGCAGAACUCGGGUUUGAGCCGCCACCAACGUGUCCAUGGCGUGGAGAAGACCUACAAGUGCAGCAAGUGUGGGGAGAGCUUCAAGUGGUACUCGGAUCUUGUCAUCCACCGGCGUAUCCACACUGGGGAUGGACCCUAUGAGUGCAACGACUGUGGGAAAAGCUUUGGUAGCACCUUGUCCCUCAUCCAACACCAACGUAUCCACACUGGGGAGAAGCCCUAUAAAUGUGGGGAAUGUGGGAGGAGCUUUGGGCAGAGCUCAGUCCUUAUCAGCCACCUACGAAUCCACACUGGGGAGAAACCCUUUAAUUGCAAUUAUUGUGGGAAAAGCUUCAGGCACAGCUCAGCUUUGAGGUGCCACCGACGUAUCCACACCGGGGAGAAACCCUACAAGUGUGAUGAUUGUGGGAAGAGCUUCAUGUGGAACUCAGAUUUUAUCAUCCACCGGCGUGUCCACACUGGGCAGAAAUCCUACAAGUGUGAUGAUUGUGGGAAAAGCUUUGGUAGCAGCUCAUCUCUCAUGAAACACCAACGGAUCCAUACUGGGGAGAGACCUUACCAGUGUGGUGACUGUGGGAAGAGAUUCAAUGAUAACUCAGCUUUGUGCUGUCACCGGCACACCCACAGCGUGGAGAAACCUCACAAGUGUAGUGAUUGUGGGAAGAGCUUCAUCACCAAAUCAUCCUUCAUCAUUCAUCAUCGUACCCACACUGGGGAGAAACCUUUCCAGUGCAAUAUUUGUGGUGAAAGCUACUUUGAUAGCUCAGCUUUAAAACGUCACCAACACAUCCACACUGGAGAGAAACCCUACAAGUGUGGUGAUUGUGGGAAGAGCUUCAUCAUCAACUCAGCUCUCAUCAUCCACCAGCGUCUGCACACUGGGGAGAAACCCUACCAGUGCAGCGACUGUGGGAAGAGCUUCAGGCUGAGUUCAUCCCUCAUCACCCACAAGCGCCUUCACACUGGGGAGAGACCCUACAAGUGCAACGAGUGUGGGAAGAGCUUCAUCGUCAGCUCACGUCUCAUCCGACACCAGCGGAUCCACCUGGGAUAA